AUACCACCACUCUCUCCCUACUUGGGCCUCAUGAUCAGACUGAGAUAUGACGCUAUGAAAUGCUUUGGUUCCUUGCUUGUGCUGCUAGCAUUGCUCCAAAGCGUUGCUUCGUUCGCGCCAACGCCCGUCAGAACCAGCAGCCGGAGUUCACGACACGGCUGUCCUACGUGGCAACGUGGAUCAUGCAGCGUCGACAGCAGCACCCGAAGAUAUCGACAGCAGCAGACUCUCCACGCCACCAGUAGCAACAACUGGUUCGCUCAGUUUUGGCCCAACCGGGAGGACAAGACUGGCGAGACGUUGGAAGCUGCCAAGAACAAGUUGAAGCAGCGGCUCCUCGACACCGUCCGGGAUACAAAGCGAGGGAUAUCGACCAGCGAGGAGCAACGAAAGGACAUUGAUGAGCUGAUUGCAGCUAUAGAGCCUUUCAAUCCGAACGCGAAAUCGGUGACGAGUGAAAGCUUAAGCGCGCGGUGGAUCUUGGAGUGGACAACGGAGCGCGAGAUAAUUUUCUUGAUGGAGCGAGGCUUGCCCGGGAAGCCGUCUGGGCCGGUGGAGCAGGACAUCGACGUGGAUGCCAGGACGCUGUCCAAUAGGAUGAUCUUUGGAGACGACUCCUUGUUCGAAGUGGCGUCGUCGAUUGAUCCGGAGGAUUCUGGGCCACGGGUGAACUUCGAGUUCGAGGCGUGCAAGCUUAAAUACGGGGGAUUCACCAUACCGCUGCCGCCGGUUGGAAAGGGUUGGUUCGAGAGCGUUUACCUUGACCAAGACUUGAGGGUGACUAGAGACGUAAGAGGCGACGUGACCGUCUUGGUCAAAGGUCAAAAGGAAUAAGUGCUCUUGAUAGUUCCGG